UUAUAUAUCUGUUCAUUAAGCAUAAAGUUCGAACUGCGUUGGUCAAGAGCGAAGCAGAAUGGAGGGCGUGAUAUACAAUUUCUUCAAGGUAUGGGCAUCAGUCGUAGCAUCGCUGGGCUAUUGCUACACAAUUGGAAAGUUUGUCCCGAAAGGGAUAGCAAGACUCCUCUUGGUCCUCCCGAUUGUGCGUCUCUUCUUCCUCCUUCCACUCAGCAUCGAUUCGGUCAACCUCAGCGGCAUGACGGGCUUCUUUGUCGCUUGGCUUGCGAACUUCAAGCUACUGCUCUUCGCAUUUGGGAAGGGCCCUUUAGCGACGGAGGACUCUUUGGGCUCCCUUCCGCAUUUCAUCACCGUGGCCUGCUUGCCCAUCAAGGUCCAGCAAAAGCAGUCCCAAAAUGGUUGCAAGGACAAGGGCACAGGGGAGAUGAAGCAUCAGAAGGGCCAUAGAUCGUCCCUGAAUUACGCCUUGAAGGUGGUGGUUUUAGUUGCGAUGAUCCGUGUCUACUACUAUAGUGACAGAAUCCACCCAACCAUCAUCUAUUUAUUGUACUGCAUCCACAUUUACUUCUCCCUGGAGAUCACUCAAGCCAGCUUGGCAGCUGUGGUUCAAGCCACACUCGGGAUAGAGCUAGAGCCACAGUUCAAUGAACCGUACCUCUCGACUUCGCUCCAGGACUUUUGGGGCCGACGAUGGAACCUCAUGGUCACCAGCAUCCUGCGUCCAUCAGUUUAUGAGCCAGUCCGCAAGGCCCUGGAGCAAAUCAUCGGUCAGCAGUGGGCCCCACUGCCAGCGGUGUUGGCGACCUUCCUAGUUUCGGGACUGAUGCACGAGGUGCUGUUCUUCUACCAGCAGGAAUCUGCACAACGUGCAGGCCCAACGUGGGACAUUACCGGGUUCUUCCUCUUCCACGGCAUGUGCCUGGUGGCAGAGCUUAUGGCGAAAAAAGUGGUCGCGAGGAGGUGGCAGCCACCGAGACUGCUGUCGGGGGCAGUCACUAGCGGGUUCGUGAUUGCCACCGGGCUGAGGUGGUUCAUACCGGCGCUGCUUAGGAUCGAGGCGGACAAGAGAGCACUGGAGGAGUUCGGAGCAGUGGCGGCGUUUGUACAGGACUCCGCCCAGGCUGUCUCCGUCAAAAUUUUCAACGCCGUUAUAGUCUGACAUAACACGCGACUUCUAUGUUCACUUUUUUUGUUUUUUUGCUUCUAUUUUUUAUUAUGUUUCUUUUCUUAAUAAUAAUGUAUGUAAAAACUAAAAGGGAAAAAGAA